GCGGCCGCUCUCCGCCCUUCCUCAGGCUUGCUCGGGCCGUGGUGCAGAGGACAGCGUCCAGGAUGCGGCGCGGGGUGGCCCGGCGCCCCCAUGCCCCGGCACGGCAGAGGCGGCCGCUAGGACCCGGCGAGGCCCGGGGGCGGCGGCCCGAGCCUCGGUAGCGGCGGCGAAGGGAGCGGCGGCUGAGGACGGGCGGGCGGCCGGGGGCGGGGGCUCGGCUCCGCGCGGCUCGCCCCGCUCGGCCCGGCGCCAUGAGCGGCGGCGGCGGAGGGGGCUCGGCGCCCAGUCGCUUCGCCGACUAUUUUGUCAUCUGCGGGCUGGACACCGAGACCGGGCUGGAGCCGGACGAGCUGUCGGCAUUAUGCCAGUACAUUCAGGCUUCUAAAGCCAGGGAUGGUGCCAGCCCUUUCAUUUCAAGUACGACUGAAGGAGAAAAUUUUGAGCAGACGCCAUUGAGACGAACAUUCAAGUCUAAGGUCCUUGCCCGAUACCCUGAGAAUGUAGACUGGAAUCCCUUUGACCAGGAUGCAGUGGGAAUGCUGUGCAUGCCCAAAGGGCUGGCAUUCAAGACCCAGGCUGAUCCCAGGGAGCCACAGUUCCAUGCCUUUAUUAUCACAAGAGAGGAUGGCUCUCGGACAUUUGGGUUUGCCCUUACCUUUUAUGAAGAAGUGACCAGCAAGCAGAUCUGCAGUGCAAUGCAGACCCUCUACCACAUGCACAACGCUGAGUAUGAUGUCCUUCAUGCUCCUCUUGCUGAUGGUGGAGACCAGAGUGGCAUUGAAGAUGGUGAAGGCAUUCCUGGGACCAAGCUGCAGCGCUUCAACUCCUAUGACAUUAGCAGGGACACACUUUAUGUCUCUAAAUGCAUCUGUCUCAUUACACCCAUGUCUUUCAUGAAGGCAUGUCGGAGUGUGCUGCAGCAGCUCCACCAGGCAGUCACAUCACCUCAGCCCCCUCCUCUGCCCCUUGAGAGCUACAUAUACAACGUACUCUACGAGGUGCCACUUCCACCUCCUGGCCGCUCCCUGAAGUUUUCUGGAGUCUAUGGGCCAAUAAUCUGCCAGAGACCAAGUACCAAUGAGCUUCCUCUAUUUGAUUUUCCCGUCAAAGAGGUCUUUGAACUGCUUGGGGUGGAGAAUGUGUUUCAACUUUUUACUUGUGCCCUUCUGGAGUUUCAAAUACUGCUCUACUCACAACAUUACCAGAGACUGAUGACCGUGGCGGAGACAAUUACAGCUCUGAUGUUUCCUUUCCAAUGGCAGCAUGUCUAUGUCCCUAUCCUCCCAGCCUCUCUCCUGCAUUUCUUAGAUGCUCCUGUUCCAUACCUGAUGGGCUUGCAUUCCAAUGGCUUGGAUGACCGCUCAAAGUUGGAGCUGCCUCAGGAGGCUAAUCUCUGCUUUGUGGAUGUUGACAACCACUUCAUUGAGUUGCCAGAGGACUUGCCUCAAUUUCCCAACAAACUGGAGUUUGUCCAGGAGGUCUCUGAGAUCCUCAUGGCCUUCGGUGUUCCCCCUGAAGGUAACCUCCAUUGCAGCGAAAGCGCCUCGAAGCUGAAGAGGAUCCGCGCCUCCGACCUUGUGUCUGACAAGAGGAAUGGGAACAUUGCCGGCUCCCCUUUGCAUUCCUACGAGCUCCUCAAGGAAAAUGAAACUAUUGCUCGGUUGCAAGCUUUGGUCAAGAGGACUGGAGUGAGUUUGGAAAAACUGGAAGUUCGUGAGGAUCCCAGUAACAAUAAAGAUUUCAAAGUUCAGUGUGAUGAAGAAGAACUCAGGAUUUACCAGCUAAACAUUCAGAUCCGGGAAGUUUUUGCCAAUCGCUUUACUCAGAUGUUUGCCGAUUAUGAAGUGUUUGUCAUCCAGCCCAGCCAGGAUAAGGAGUCCUGGUUCACCAACAGGGAGCAGAUGCAGAACUUUGAUAAAGCAUCCUUCUUGUCAGAUCAGCCUGAACCCUACCUGCCCUUUCUCUCAAGAUUCCUAGAGACCCAGAUGUUUGCAUCUUUUAUUGACAACAAGAUCAUGUGUCAUGAUGAUGAUGAUAAAGACCCUGUCCUCCGGGUCUUUGACUCAAGGGUAGACAAGAUCAGACUGUUAAAUGUUCGAACACCUACUCUUAGGACAUCCAUGUACCAGAAGUGUACCACCGUGGAUGAAGCAGAAAAAGCAAUUGAGCUACGUCUGGCAAAAAUUGACCACACUGCAGUUCACCCACAUCUUCUUGACAUGAAAAUUGGACAAGGAAAAUAUGAACCUGGCUUUUUCCCUAAGCUACAGUCUGAUGUACUUUGCACUGGGCCAGCCAGCAACAAGUGGACAAAAAGGAAUGCUCCUGCCCAGUGGAGGCGGAAAGACCGACAGAAGCAGCACACAGAACACUUGCGCUUAGACAAUGACCAGAGAGAGAAAUACAUCCAGGAAGCCAGGAAUCUGGGUAGUACCAUCCGUCAGCCCAAACUGUCCAACCUCUCUCCAUCAGUCAUUGCCCAGACCAACUGGAAGUUUGUAGAAGGCCUGCUGAAGGAGUGCCGAAACAAGACCAAGAGGAUGCUGGUAGAGAAGAUGGGUCGAGAGGCAGUGGAGCUGGGGCAUGGGGAGGUGAACAUCACCGGUGUGGAAGAGAACACUUUGAUUGCCAGUCUUUGUGACCUUCUGGAAAGAAUCUGGAGCCAUGGGCUACAAGUGAAACAGGGGAAAUCAGCUUUGUGGUCUCAUCUGUUACAUUAUCAGGAAAACCGGCAGAGAAAACUCACAUCAGGAAGCCUCAGUACUUCAGGAAUACUUCUUGAUUCAGAACGGAGAAAGUCUGAUGCCAGUGCUGUCAUGUCUCCCCUGAGGAUCUCCCUAAUUCAGGAUAUGAGGCACAUCCAGAAUAUUGGGGAAAUCAAGACUGAUGUGGGAAAGGCCAGAGCAUGGGUGCGACUGUCCAUGGAGAAGAAGUUACUCUCCAGACACCUGAAGCAGCUUCUUUCAGACCAUGAGCUCACCAAGAAGCUGUACAAGCGUUAUGCCUUCCUGCGCUGUGAUGACGAGAAGGAGCAGUUCCUCUAUCACCUGCUCUCCUUCAAUGCAGUGGACUACUUCUGCUUCACCAAUGUCUUCACAACCAUCCUGAUUCCGUACCACAUUUUGAUUGUACCAAGCAAGAAGCUGGGGGGCUCCAUGUUCACUGCCAAUCCAUGGAUCUGUAUAUCAGGAGAACUGGGUGAAACACAGAUCUUGCAGAUCCCCAGGAAUGUGCUAGAGAUGACUUUUGAGUGCCAGAACCUGGGGAAGCUCACCACUGUCCAGAUUGGCCAUGAUAAUUCUGGGCUGUAUGCCAAAUGGCUUGUGGAAUAUGUGAUGGUCAGGAAUGAGAUCACAGGACAUACCUACAAGUUUCCAUGUGGCCGAUGGCUGGGGAAGGGUAUGGAUGAUGGAAGCCUGGAGCGUGUGCUUGUUGGGGAGCUGCUUACUUCCCUACCUGAGGUGGAUGAGAGGCCUUGUCGGACUCCGCCACUGCAGCAGUCCCCCAGUGUCAUCCGGAGACUUGUGACCAUCUCGCCCAACAAUAAGCCCAAGCUGAACACUGGACAGAUCCAGGAGUCCAUUGGGGAGGCAGUCAAUGGCAUUGUGAAGCACUUCCAUAAACCUGAGAAAGAGCGUGGCAGCCUGACAUUGUUGCUCUGUGGAGAGUGUGGUCUCGUUUCGGCACUGGAACAAGCUUUCCAACAUGGAUUUAAAUCACCCCGGCUCUUCAAAAAUGUCUUCAUUUGGGAUUUCCUAGAGAAAGCACAAACCUAUUAUGAGACGUUAGAGCAGAAUGACGUAGUUCCAGAGGAAAACUGGCACACACGGGCCCGAAACUUCUGCCGCUUUGUCACUGCAGUCAACAACACGCCUCGGAACAUCGGCAAGGACGGCAAGUUUCAGAUGCUGGUGUGCCUGGGAGCCAGAGAUCACCUCCUGCACCACUGGAUAGCCUUGCUGGCCGACUGCCCUAUCACUGCACACAUGUAUGAGGAUGUGGCGCUGAUCAAGGACCACACGCUCGUCAAUUCCUUGAUCCGAGUGCUGCAGACCCUGCAAGAAUUCAACAUCACACUGGACACUUCCCUCGUUAAGGGCAUUGACAUCUGACCUCCCAGCACCAGCCAGCAGCAAGACCCAGAAAGCCUCCCUGCAGCUCUGCCUCUUCAUCCCAAAGGGACCUAAGCAAGUUGUGAGGGACAGAGAGGAUAUGUAUACUUACUGUAAAAAGAAAACUAGAGGAUUUUUGGAAAAAAUAAUCUAUUUUAGAGUUUAUUUGCUGACCUGCUUUUUACACACUUUCAUGUGAAAGAGACAGAAGAGGGGCAAGGUUGGCGCUGCUUGUUUUGAAGCUGGUGCCUCCCUUGCACGGCCGCACUCUGGGAGCCUGUGGCCUCCCAGACUGAGCCUGCACACAUGUGUGGGGCUGUUCCACAUGCCGCCCCGUCACAUCGAUGAGGCCAUUCCACAUCGUUUUUAAACUAAUGUUUUCUAUAUUAACAUUAUUCUGGCUAUCUGGCUUUCAUGGGCCAUGCCCAGGUGUGCGAGUGGGAAAUCCCACGCUCCAGUCACAGGGAUUUUUAGCAGUGCCUCUGAUCAAGCACUGCGGAGUCAGCCCCACAUCCGUUUCCCCCUUCCCCUUUUUUGUCAGUAUUAUUUGGGAAGGAGACAUGCCAGGACAAUGUCAUUGUGUUACCGUCAUGCAGAAAAUCAUGUUUCCUGUUGGCACAAAGUUGCACAGAAGUGAACAUGAGCAUGUUUUAACAGGUUUGUCUUUUCUUCAUCUAUCUUAUUUAUUUAACCUGCCAUUGUAUGUUUUAAGUAUUUGUUUUUCUUUUCUUUUUUUCUCUUGAAGAAAAGGAAAAGCUUGUCACAAUCUAACUGGCUAUGUUAUUACUGUUAAAUUUUUGUUGUUUUGCAACUUAGAAACCAGCUACAGUAUGGCCCACUUAAUAAAACACCUGAAACAAA